AUGUCGGCACCCUCCACCAUGAAGAUGGAUCAUUUCCGCAGCAACCUGAAGAAGGAGCGCCUCUUAGAAGACCGCUACAUGGAGAUCGAUAGGCAGAACCGGGUUCUCCUCAAGAGGAUGUCUGAGGCCAUGAGAAAGCCCGGAAGCCCCAGGCAUUUGGUCAUGGGGUUCUGGGCCGAGAUGGGCCAAGCAGCUGGGGCCCAAACAAGGCAGCUUGGCUAA